UUCAAUGUUUGGUCAAAAAUUUUGUUUUUCUUUUGUCCCUUCAUUUUCUUCAGUCAUUUUUCUGCUCUAUUUAAUUUUUAUUUUUGUUUGUUUGGCCUCUACACAAAGAAAAUCUGAUUGGGAAGAGGGGGAGGUUGGAGAAUUAAGGCAUGAAAAUAAUAAAAAUGGAAUCGAUGAUGAAAUGGAUGAGGGAAGUGGGGAUUCUUUUAAUCCGGAUGAUGAAGACGAUAUUGAGUCUUCUGGACUUCCACCUAAGGAACUAGAUGAAACCCCAAUUAUUCAACAACAACAAAUUAAUAUAUCCUCCUCUUCUUCUUCUGUUGUUUCCCCAACAACAACUCAUCCAACAUUAAUUAACACAACAACAACAGAAUAUAUAACAACAAUAACGACAAAACCAACAACAAAAACAUAUUUAAACCCUCUAACAACAACAACAAAAACAAUCAAAACAACUUCUACUUACAAACCCCCAAUAUUCCCAACAUUAACAACAACAAACAUUUUAGAUUUAGACGAGGAACAAAAAUUAAUGCAAAAACAAUUCCAAGCAGCGUUAAUUGUUGCUAGUGUUGUAGCCUUAGUUUUGUUGAGUACAUUGGCUAUUUUGGCUUGUUUUUGCUGUUUUUGUGAAAAUUCGAGAAGACGUAGAAGACCGCAAAACAACAAUAAUAAUUCUAGAGGCAGCUAUACUCAAGGCAGGGAACAGUCUAAGCAAAUAAUUUAA